AUGUUAAUCGAUAUCCGGGUGGCGAUAACAGGCCCUCCAGAAAGCGGACGAACAACGCUCUGCGAACGACUGAAUGACCGUAUAUAUACUAGGUCCAACGAUGGGCGACAUUUCCGUUUCAGGGCACAGGAGACCAAUCUUGAGGCACCAGGACAUCUGAAUUCAGAUGUUGUGAUACUUACUGUUAAUUUGCACACAGUUUUGAAGGAGGUCAAAAAUUUGGUAGCUCAAUACGGCAAACUCGUUCAGGAUAGCUAUUGGGAACAGCGUAAAAUGUUUCGAAUUGUAGGAACUAAACAUGAUAAACUGGAUCCCGAGUUAAAAAUCUUCGAAUACCCUGGACUUUAUACAACGUGGUUCACAAUGUACACGUCUCUGUCUUGUCAUUUUGUUGGUACCCAUAAUGAAAGUGCCAUUGAGGAAAUGUGUGCUUCUAUAGUUCCUGCCAACGUUAAUCAGGAUACACCUGAUCCUGAUGACUUGUCCGAGUCAGUCAUUCCGGAUGACAAUGCUGCAUGGGAAUUAACUAAGACAUCUGACUCUAUUGCCUUCAACAAACAUCUGGCGUCCUUUACUGGUGCGCACAAUUGGGCACCCGUACUCAAGAUUGCACCAAAUUUAGUCAUAAAAAAUUUGCACCACUUCGAAAGAUUCAACAAUAUAUUUAUUCGAGCUCACACAAACAUCCCGGUCCCACAACCUCGAUGCCUGCAUCUGAAGAAAUCGCUUGUCACGGAUUUAAUUCCCGGAAAAAUGCUUUUAGAAAUUUGGGAUUCACUCAGCCUCUUCUACCAAUUUCGUAUUGCAUGUACUCUUAGACGAUAUGUUUCUCAGCUUCGACGUAUCACCAGCGAUCGACCAGGCAGCAUCGAACAAGGACUCGUUAGGGGAGUAUUAUUUUAUCCACAUGCAUGGAACGGACCUUUCCGCGACGCGGAGAGGUUCCGCAACUGGAUAGCACAUGUUGCUUACAUGGAAUGCAUGUACGAGCACAAGGAACUCCGCCGUUUAAAAGGUCCAGAAGUUGCUGGUAGCCCCCCAUCUCUUCUCAGCCUACCUCCCGAACAUGAAUGGAAUCUGGUCCUUACGCAUGGCGACCUUAGUCUCAGCAACACCGUUCUUUCAGAUAACGGCGUACUAUGGAUUGUCGAUUGGGCGGACUCCGGCUUUUAUCCUCCCUGGAUGGAAUCGCGAGGAAUGGAACGUUACACAUGGGCGCCUGAAUCAUGGAAACGAUGGUUUUCAUUCAUUGUUGACACCUCUGUUGACACCGCCAAUCUCUGGAGCCAUAUUGGGGAUACAGCCAGUUACUACAGCACAGACCCCCCUCGUGAGGACUACUGGCCAGAUACAGAAGAAAUACGAAAUAUAUCGGGCUGGUCUUAG